AUGGCGGAUAUCUGCUGCGGAGUUAUGAGCGAAGGCGAAGCAUCAGCACCACCGUGCGAACCCAGUUCACGCCAAGCCAGGAGACGUAGAAUGGCGUUUAGAAGGUUUAAAUUCGUUGAUUUUGCACCUUCCGAGGCUGAGAAUAGCCGGAAACGCCACAAUCACACAAGUUUAUCGCAUUUAAUGCCAGCAAUCGCAAUCGAUUCUGAAUCGUAUCCAAAAUUUGGCGUUGCUUCGGUUUGUGGACGUCGAAGAGACAUGGAAGACGCCGUCGCUAUUCAUCCGUCGUUUCACUGCAAAGGCCAGGACUCCGCCACCGUUGGCUUCCACUAUUUUGGUGUCUACGACGGUCACGGUUGCUCUCACGUGGCGAUACGGUGCAGAGAGCGUUUGCAUGAACUGAUGAAAGAAGAGUUGGAGAGUGAAGACGAAGAGUGGAAAGGAGCGAUGGAGCGUAGCUUCAGGCGCAUGGAUAGGGAAUUGAUAAAGUUGAAAGAAAGUAUGGAGGCGGGAGCUAACUGCCGGUGCGAGUUACAUUCUCCGGAGUGCGAUGCCGUUGGAUCCACCGCCGUUGUUGCCGUGGUAACGCCUGAUAAGAUUGUUGUUUCUAACUGCGGUGAUUCCAGAGCUGUUUUGUGUCGUAACGGCAUCCCCGUUGUUUUAACGUCCGACCACAAGCCUGAUCGUCCAGAUGAACUGAAUCGGAUACAAGAAGCAGGGGGUCGGGUCGUUUACUGGGACGGUCCUCGGGUGCUUGGAGUCCUCGCAAUGUCCAGAGCCAUAGGGGAUAAAUAUUUGAAACCUUACGUGAGUUGUGAGCCGGAGGUCACGAUUACGGAUCGGACGGCGGAGGACGAAUGCCUGAUUCUAGCGAGUGACGGCUUAUGGGACGUGGUGUCGAAUGAUACGGCAUGUGGCGUGGCGCACACGUGUUUGAAGGCACAGGCGCAGGCGCAGGCACAGACACAGGGGUGCAGCAUUGGAGAAGGGGGAGGGAUCUGGGACAAGGCGUGCACUGACGCCUCUAUGUUGCUCACGAAGCUGGCCUUGGCCAGGCAUAGUACUGACAAUGUUAGUGUUGUUGUGGUGGAUUUGAAAAAGAGAAGGGUCAAUCGAAGUAGAUCCCAUAAUAUGAGCAAAUAA